AUUAGAACAGAUGUCGUCAAAGCGCAAUAUUUCAGAAUUGUUUCGUUAUGCGUUACCUUAAGAAUUUGGGAGGCGUCGUCAAAUGCAGAACUAUCCCGUUUUGUUGUGAAAACAAUGAACUUUUCACUGUUGUGCCUAAAAAGAAAAACGUCCUCCCUCUAAAACCUAUUGUAAAGUCUCCGCAUAGUCUACUUCGAUCACUUCCGAGAUCCCCGUACACUUCAUGCAAUUGCAGUUUAUCUGCUCCAAUGCAGAUCCGAUUUGUGCACACGGACGUUACAAAUGUUCCUGAUUUCACGAAAUACCGCCUAGAGUCUACUAAAGACCCUCAUUCACGGGCUGCUGACAGCGAAGUGCAUCGCAAGAUAUUCUCUUAUACGAUGAUGUUUGCGACUGCGAUGAUUGCCACUACAUCAGCCAAGUACACCGUUAGAAUGUUCAUUGAACCUCUGGGACCUUCCUCUAAAACUAUGGCGGAGGCCUCCACGGAAGUCAAUUUGGCUUCCAUCCCUGAAGGAAAAAAUAUUACAGUCAAAUGGCGAAACAAACCUCUUUUUAUUCGCCAUAGAUCAGCGGAAGAAAUUGCCCGCGAACGCGCUGUGCCUCUGGAAAGCUUAAGAGAUCCUCAGCUCGAUCAAGAUCGUGUCAAAGUAGAUAAGUGGCUAAUUUGUUUGGGCGUAUGUACACAUUUAGGUUGUGUUCCAGUAGCACACGCCGGCGAUUUCCCCGGAGGUUAUUUCUGUCCUUGUCACGGUAGUCAUUACGAUGCAUCUGGUCGUAUAAGAAAAGGCCCCGCUCCUCUUAAUUUGGAAGUACCUCAGUACAAGUUUGUGGAUGAAAAUACCGUCAUUGUGGGAUAAAACGGUGAUUCGAUCUCCUUGUUCGGAACACUAAUUAUAGCGAUAUCUCCCUUUUUCAUAACAGAGGAUGCUUCUGAUUUCUAUUGAGUGUAUUUUGAGAAGUACUAACUUAUCUUUUCGUCUCACUGUUAGAAGUUACAUUUUCAAAUAUUAGUUUAUCUCCACGCUCUUCAUGUUUAUUUCAAAAAUAUAUUUCUGAGCUUAG